CAAGAGCCCUCUAUGGAGACUGCGCGUACCAGUACGUAGUCUAGCCGCUGAUCAGGUGGAGGCGGGCACCUACCCACAGCUACAAGCUAUCUUUGUACAGUGUACAUAGUAGGGCAUCAUCGGGACACCCAGGUUCCCCACGUGAAAAUAUGACGUGUGUUCAUGAGCUACCCGACUUGGCCUUUAUAUGAAAAUGACAAAAUCAAAUCAAAGCAAGCCCAGCUAAUGGAUGAUUUGGGGCACCUGACCGUGACUCACGUGUGGGGCUGCUCACCGCCUCCACCCCGUGAUCCGCCCUUGCUGACGACCUUAUCAGCCGUGGAACUACCCAUGACGCGGGGCUUUGCUCUCCCCUUUUGUCAUCAUCCACCUUCUUUCUACUUGCUCAACUAUUACACCAACCAUCUCAUUUGCAUCUUUGUGCAACUCAUACCAUCUACGUCUAUCUCGUUGACGUACCUAGUACCCAUAAUAAACCGACCUAGCUGUAUCCAUUAACCGAUUUGAUUCAUCAAUAUGCGCUCCAAGUUCAAGGACGAGCACCCCUUUGAGAAGCGCAAGGCAGAAGCCGAGCGUAUCCGUCAGAAAUACGCUGAUCGCAUUCCAGUAAUUUGUGAGAAAGUCGAGAAGUCGGACAUCGCCACCAUUGAUAAGAAAAAGUAUCUUGUUCCUGCAGACCUUACCGUCGGGCAGUUCGUCUAUGUUAUCCGCAAGCGCAUCAAACUGUCUCCUGAGAAGGCUAUCUUCAUCUUCGUCGACGAGGUGCUACCACCAACAGCUGCACUUAUGAGUAGUAUCUACGAAGAACACAAGGAUGAAGAUGGCUUUCUGUACAUCACAUAUUCCGGGGAAAACACCUUCGGCGAUCUUUAAGCUCUGGUCAGCCGUUCUCUUAAGCUUUGUAACUGUUCCACCGUCAGUAUGUGUUUUGUUUUGAGGCCGGAUGUGUGACCAGCCGCUCCGGUAUGAGGCAAACGAGCUGGUUAGACCUUGUGGCGAUUCUUCAUGUGUGCAGGCGUUAGUAUCAGGUGUUCCGUAUUCCCUUUAUGACCUCUUGGCAAAGACUUAUCACUUUAUGGUUUAAAUGCAAAACUACUUUUGAUGUGAUUAUCUGGUGAUACGUACUGACAGGUAGUGAUACUCUCAUCUUUAUGUCAGGCUGCGUUACGUAGCACGCUUCUUUUGCAUGCUGAUGUGGCUAGUGAAUUGAAGAUAAGUAGUGAAAGAUUCCUCGCGACAUGAUCAC